CAAUGUAGGUUUCUCAUGUGUUCUCAGCGUUUAUGUUAUGCAUUGAUGCCGUUGGAAUUUUUCUUGUUCUGUGAUCUUUAUAGUGUAUUAUAGUUAAAUUCAACGAAUGUGAAACAAUCAUAUUGCAGAAAAUAAAAUUAUAAACACAAAACUAUGGAACACAUACGACAGUAUGACUGGUGCACAUUUCAGCCAGAUACUCCAUACUUUGUCACGGAGUCAGAGCUGGAUAACUGUGUCACGGAGAAGAUAUUACGGAACAAGUUCUCAAACCCGCUGAUCUCCAGCGACUCUGAGGAGGAAGGGAAGGCUCCUAAGAUUGACUGGAAUUUUGUGUUUAAUAAAAGAAAUAAUGAACAUAACAUCCACCGCAUCUUCGUGCCAGGGCUGCGCCCCUUGCUGGCGUACACACGGCUGUCCACUCUGUCCUCGCAACAGCACCUCAUCGGGCUGAAAGUGCUGUGUGCACAGAACCCCCAUAUAUUGGAGGAUGAGUUCAUGGCUAAGCCAAAUAAGUUUGAUUUGCAGGCUUUUGAGUCAAUAAAAGAGAUAUUACAAAAGGAGCAAAAAGAAUACAUAGACUGGGCGAAGAGUCUCUGGACCAACGGCCAAUGCAUCAGAGCGCUUCGGCCUAAACCUUUGAUAGAGUCUGUGUAUGAAGCCGAGUUCAAAGUGAGGGCUAACCAGAUGAAGGGGUACCCGAGGAUGUUUGAGCUGGUCGCGCAGAUACCUAUGGAGCCUGCGGGGGAGUAUGAUAUGGUGAUGGAAAAGGAGCUUAUUGGAGUGAACCCAUCAGAACUGCUGAAGGUGGAGAGACCUCUCAACAUCCGCAGCCGGCUGACCGUGAUGCGGCCCAGCGCUGUCCCGGAGCCCUGCGACCAGCAUCCUGUCCGCUUCAUCCUGCCACACGAGAAAAGCAUCUCAGUCCUUCCCGUGACAGAAGUGUACCGGACGCUAGCGGAGUAUGCGAUCGACAAUGGAGCCCUAUUCGUCGCUAGCGAAGGCGCUUUGCGAUGUAUGGUCGAGCGAAGGGCGUGGGCGCUUCCUAUAUCAGUUUAUAGUGUUACACAACCCGGCCAGGCUGAAAACGUGAACGUGACAGUGCUGGGCAGCGAGUUUAUGAAUAAGCAAGAGAACGUCAUGAGAAGGACGUUCAGAGCGCUUAGACAUCUGCUAGAGAUCGCUCUAGUGCCGGCAUCAGAACUCGCCAGGAGGACGCAAGCGCCUGAAGAGGAAAUAGUACAAGAAACUACAACUUCAUCGCAAGAUGUAGCGUGGUCGGAUGAUACGAGUGACGAGGAGGACAAUCUAUUUAUCGAUUUCGAUGAAGCGUCAACGAAAGAGAGAGACGCAGAUAAACCAAGGCCACCAAGCAAGAACGCAGACGAGCAGACAAAGAUGGAAGUAGACAAGUGUACGCCGCAGAAAGAGACGAAAAAUACGACGAAUACUAACAAAAGCUUUACCGAAGGCUUUGGCGUUUAUAAGUGCACAUGUCAAGACUCAAUAUUCGAGCGGCCGCCGCCACGCUCGUUCAGGAAGUGGCGGUUCCGAAAGAAAUCCACGUUCGAAAGUUUCGACGUCAUCGUGCACUGCGCGCACAAAUUCAAAGGAUCGCGUGGUGAAGUUAUAUUGGAACCUAUAGCAGAAUACCAGGCAGACAUGGGCGCGAGUAAGCAGUCCGAAGAUAGGAUCUCGAGUGUUGCCCUCUCGCUCGCACUUAGGGACGAUAACACUAACGUACUCAAUGUGCGACUAGACGCAGAAUCCGGCGACAUAAUCACAACAGAAGAGCACACCCGCUCCCAGUUCUACUCUGAGCACGGCGACCGCAGCCAGCAGGCGGCCGGCGUCAUACACGCCGCGCUCAGCCAGCUGGAAGGACUCGUGCCCGGGCACUACGUCUUGCAACACGAGCCAAAUCACGGUCUGAACGCGUUACUUUACGCCCCCUCGAACACGGGCAAAGAGGGACUGAAGCUGGAGUUCGACAGCACGCAGCCCGCGGAGGCUGACGAGGCUAAAACUGUGAAGGCCCCGCCACAGCUCAUUCCGGCCUUGCUACCUUGGCAUAAAUUACGCAAAAUCCUGCCGUGCACGUUCACGUAUUACCAGAACCAGCUGGCCAAGCCGAAGAAACAGCCGCCGCGGAAGAAGACGCCACCGCGAGCUCUCAAGAACGAGGAGAAACGCGGACGCCAGAAAAAGUGGCCAAAGAAGCGCGGAGGUCACAAGAAGGCCGAAUGAAAUGAAGCACAAUGAAAAUAAAUACUAUAAAUGGUU